AUGUGCUACUCUGGCAGCUACUAUGGUGGCCUGGGCUACAGCUAUAGUGGCUGUGGCUGUGACUAUGGCUGUGGCUAUGGUGGCUCUGGUUAUGGCUGUUGCUGCCCCCUGUGCUGUAGAAGAUACUGGACCUGUGGCUUCUACUGA